AUGAUGUAUUCCAAAGCUGGUAAAAUUUCUAUUGAGCUCUACCCUUGGAUACAAUAAAGAGAUGCAAUAAUAAAUGGGGACAAAAAAAAAACUUAUGAAAUUUCAAUUUUUGAUGAUAUUCCUCAUAGUAAACGACCCUAUAAAAGUGUCAAACAAAAUCCAAAAUUAUCACCAAAAGAAAACUCUCAGCCAAAAAUUUAACCAUUUUCUAAAUAGGUUGGAAGGGUUGAAUCUAAAAAGGAGUUAGACAGAUAAGGAUUUUAUAAUCCCAAAUAUCAUUUAGUAAAGAGAAGGUCACCUCUUACUGAUGAUCCUGAUCAUUUUAAAUAAAUAAAUAGCGAUCGAUCUUUGUCUCCGAAAACUAUUAAAAGAACCAUUAAAAUUUAGAAACCAUCCUUAAAACAUAAUUGUGAAACUAGCAAGUCAUAUAUAGACAAAAAGAAGCAGGAAGAAAUAAGAAAGCAAAGAGCCCAAGAUUAUCAACCAGAUCUAAAUAGAUUCCCUUUGUCAGAUGGACCUAAUGAACAUAGAUUUGAAUACUAAGAAUACCCUUAAUCAUAGUAUAGUAGAUCUCCAAAUCCAAUAAUUAGACCGCGAUCUAGUUCUUCUAAAAUGAAGUUUAAAGAGUAGUAAAAGAAUGGUUAAAUUUAUGAUGUUGAUUAUACAGUAGUCUAUCCUAAAUCUGAUAAGAUGAUACCUGUCUUAGACAAAUUGACACCAAGACAACCGUUCAAUAGUGAUAAACCCGUUUAUACAUAUCACGAAACCCUUUCUGAUGAUACUCCGAAGAAAAGAAGUAGUCCCUAAUCAUUUAAGCUGGAUUAGUAGAUUUCUAGAGAGAAAGCCAUUAGUUACUAUUCCUCUAUAAGAAGACUUUAUUAUUUAUGA